GUAAGUUAGCCUAAUUUUAACGGUAAAAAUGGUUGGUGGAUCACAAAGUUCUAAGCAAAGGGACUUAAACGUUCUCAUUGAAAAUAAAGUUUUUAUUAUCUUAUACUGUAAAAAGUGACAUUCUUGUGUCAAACGGAAAAUCGCCAUUUCCAACGUAUUUAGUUUAAAGACUACAUCAGAAAAGAGCAGACGACAAUGGACACUUCACUCCUUUUGAGUCCACCAUCUCUUCGGCGAGUUAUCCUGCCGAUGCCAGCAUCCUUUACAAAGAUUAACGCCGACCCACAACAGAAUCACUUCUCACAAAGGGAUUCCCAUGAAAAACUACACAACCCUUCUCGCUGUGAAAAGGUACCGAACAAUGGCCACAGUUUUGAACCAGCACCAGCACACGAUAUUCCACUCCCUGCUUUGAAUGGAUAUCGCACAAGCUUGGAUUUAGAGGGCGCUUUGGUUGACAAAGCCAUAGAAAACGUGAUGACGUUACCACAGGAAGUCCAAGAGGCUGUGUCCAUGCAGAAGUUACAGAACAACGAAAUCACAAGAUGUGAAAAGUACCUAGCUACGAUUCUGGAGCAAGAAAGGAGAGCGGAGAGCAAUAAUGAUGUCCUUUUACAAGAGAUUUCUUCAAUAGAUCGCAAAAUUUAUUUUACGAAAGAAUCGUUUGCUCGUAAAGAAAGGAGAUGUUUUCAGCUCUCUAAAGAUAUUGAUGAGUUGAUAGUUGAAGUCGAACACUUGAAUCAAAAAAGGGAAGCUUCUGAAAAAGAUUUGAGUGAGGAGCUCGGGAUGAUACGUUGUUACGAGGAGAAAAUGAGCGAUUUCAGACUUCAAACAGAGGAGAGCGAGUCUUCUUCAGAUUCUUUCAAGGACUGGAAAGACACUCGUGAGCGCAUCAGACUUCUUCAGCUGGAAAUAAACCAGUCUCAAGGAGAGCCCUCGAGCAAAGAAACCUUGGAGAGCUUCAAAAGAGAAAUUGGAGGCCAAAUAAACGAAGUCAGACAAUUAAUAUCAGAGGAUGAAAGGCUAAUUGCGGAUAAGUAUUCCCAAAUUUCAGAAGAAAAGAAACUACAAGAAAAUACGUGCAAGAGUCUUCAAGUCUUAGAAAAAAGAAAUGCCGCCCAGCUGCUUCGAAUUAAGAAACAGGUUAAAGAAGCCCAGUUAAGGAACCGUGCUUGGAACAGUCAAAUACAGCAACUGGAACAGAGUAUCUCCUUGCUGCAGGAAAAAAUAAAGACCUCAUAAGACAGUUGAAAGGUGUUUUUAUAAGUAUCAAAUUUAUAAUGAUGCUAUGAUUCUGGAGGGAAAUCUAGAAUCUUUUUGGGGUUGUAAUGUUUUUAACUUUAAUGUUUGAAGAUUUAGCGUACUUGU